GAUGCCUCUGAUUGGUCAAUAUGCUGGACCCCCUGCAUCAUUUCAGAAUCACAACAAGCUUGUCGUUUUCAGCCAUCAUGGCGAAUCCUCGUAAAUUUAGCGAAAAGAUUGCUUUACACAACCAAAAGCAAGCCGAGGAGACGGCUGCCUUUGAAGCUAUUAUGAGAGAAGUUACUGGAGCAACUAGGGGGGUUGGAAUAGUUCAAAAACAGCAUCAUUUACACAUAUCUCAUCCUAAUCUCGGAGCGUACAGGGGUGGAUCUUUACCAAAUGUAAACCAGCUAGCUGGUGGGAAUUCCAUAGAUCUGCAGAGUGCUCUCCACAGCCUGGAUGAAAUGAAACAUGGACGACAAACAAUUGUGGACCGACUGCACAAUAGGAGCAGAUCGCGAGAAUUAGCCAUGCAUAGGAGAACUUUUCCUAGAGUGGAUCAUUCGCCAUAUGGUAACGCAUAUUUAACCCCACCACAGAUGGGCGAAGGAUGGAGAAGGACAAACUCUGAUUCUGCCCUCCACCAAAGUGCCAUGGCACCCCCUUCCGAGCAGCUCAGUCCGAACACACCUCCACAGCACAGGCGAAGUAAGUAAGCCAGUUUUCUCUGCCAUGCCAGCAGGCAGCACAUAA